GCAGUAUAUGAAUGUAGGUAUAUAUAGGAGGAACCUGUUCUCACCAUAGUUUGUUCUGCUUAAACAAUUCCAGAAUAAACUACUUUAUUUGGCAGUAAUGAAGUUAUUUUUAUUCAUCUGUGUCAGUGUGACACUAUUAAAGACCGCAAACCCCUUAUGUACAUACACAAGUUGGCUGCACAGCUUUGAUUCCACUGGACUAUCUGUAUGCAAAGAAUCUAAAUACUAUAUCCACGGCUUCGACAGAAACACAUACAUGGACGACGACAAGCUGUAUCUUUUAGAAGGCGUACAGUGCUGCAGUGCCCCACACCAAUGGUCAAACAGCGAGAUUCAAGUUGUCUACGCUGACUGGACGUACAAAUUAGAUAGAUUUGACGAUUGGGUUAAUUGCCCGGCAGGUUUCUUUCUUCAUGGUUUGUAUCGAUCCUUGUCUAUAAGCGAAGGCUAUUUAGGGCAGAUUGAAGAUGCAAGGUGCGCAAAGCCAGCGAAUCACCCUUUCUAUUAUGGGGAUUGCUACGUCUAUAACAUAAACUUUAUUACGAAAGGUUUAUAUUCUUGCAAAGCAGGUUAUUAUAUAACCGGUCUCUACAAAAGCAACUGCAACUACUUGCAUUGCUUAGAUAGUCUCCAAUGUUGUAAGAUGGCAGACAAACCAAUGGUAAUUGAUGAUGUACAUAAACUGAAGACAAACAUUAUGGACACAACGUUGUGGAACCUGGCCAAUCUGGCGCAUCUACUUGGCUACGGCUGGUGUUUGGGUACUAAAGGUAUCAAUGUUGGAGAAGAUUUUUACAGAAGCGGAGAUUCAUGGGUGGCUGAUUCGAGGCUUUUUUGGCCGUUAACAUAUUGUGAAGGUUACAAAUGUUAUGAAAGACUUGCCAUUGAUUAUAUUAAUUGGAAUUUAGCUGUCAAAGAAAUUAAAUAUGGGCAAAGUGUUGUUGAUGAAUUGAAACCAGAUGCUGUACAUACUGGCGUAGAGUUCAACCAUCUGAAUGAAAGCUCUUCCAAACUAUUUGAAUAUUCAAAGACAGUAACGGAAACAAUAGAGCAUUCAACGACAAGCAGCUGGAAGAAUAGUCACGAAGUUUCAGUUUCACUCAACUUUGACUUGGGUGAUGUUUUGAAAAUAUCGCUGUCUUAUAAAACAGCUUUUGAGUAUUCGAGAUCAACAACAAACAAAAAUAGCCAAAUGAAGUCAGAUACACUUAAAAUAUCAACUACCCAAACCAUUCCUCCACGAUCAGCAGCAAAGUAUACGGUUAUGGUGGGUAAGACCAGAACAACUAUUCCCUACACGGCUGUCAUCAUUGCAAAGUUCAAUGUAAAAUUUAGAGGAUUCCUGAGAUGGGGAAAAGGAUAUGGUAGCCCAAUAACUAAUUAUCAUCAUCAACAUAAAGGAAGCGGAGAUAGGCCAACAGUACCUUACACUUUUGGAGAUCAAUCUGAAGCUUUCUACACAGCUCUUAAACGAGAAAGCGAAACUCAAGCUAUGCCUUGGUUGUGGAACGAGAUGAUAAAGAACUACCCUUCAGCACGUCAACUCAUCAACAGACUCACAAAUGAGACUCAAUAUGAAUUUACACUGAAUGGAAAACUGCAGCAUGUUGCGGGAACAAAGAUUGAUGUCAUCUGGGAGAAAGCGAGAUUGAAUCGGCGAUCAAUUCGUGACAAAAUUAAAUCCAGCACACCUCAGUUCGAUAACAGUACGUUCUUCGCUACAGUAGGUCUCAAUGACAAGCCUGUAGAUGUCAAGUACCCUGAAGUUGUCUUGGUUAAUUCAGAGCCAUUUCAAUUUGAAAGUAUCCCAUUUGAUCCAGACUCCAAUUGAGUCAUUUUAUAGACAGCGGUCUAUUGAAUUUCUGUUUUGAUAAACGUUGCUUUAAAUGUCAGUGUUUUUUUUUUUGUUUUUUUUUUUUUUUUGCUUUCUUUGAACUAAUUCUAAUAUAGAGUUUUCUAAACAUUUGAUCACAUCAAAAAUCAAUUGAAAUUAUUACAUAAUCUUAAUUGUGGUCUAUAUGGCAGAUGAUGUAAGGGUCAUCUGUUUCUGAGGUCUACGGUUAACAAGGGUGUCAUGCAGCCAGCACAACGACCAACCGCAUUUACUUUUCCCUAAGCACAACGACCAACCGCAUUUACUUUUCCCUAACUAAUAUCAGGUACCCAUUAGAGCUGGGUGGACUCAGAGGCGCCCGAAGAUCCCGAAAUUAAAAAUCCCAGUCUUCACCAGGAUUCGAACUCCGGUCCUCGGUUCGGAAGCCAAGCGCUUUACAGCUCAGCCACCGCGACUCCUAAUCCUAAUCUUAAUACUACACAAAAGUUGUUUUUUUUUCGUUAUGUUUCUAGUAAAUGACCACCAUCCUAAAUUACGAUUAAAAGAAAAUUUACAAAUAUGUGCUGUUACCCUAUAUUUUUGAAGCCCUUUUUUUGGUUCGAUUUUUUAGCUUUGAAUGAAUUUUAAUCAACAACCACUACCAUGUGGAGCAAAUUAAUAUUUUUUUUGAGAGGUCUUACAAUUUUUGACAAUUAUUAAUAUUUUAAUAAAUUUACAUUAAAUUAGAUUUUAAAAGACAUUUUCACCUUAUCUAGUACUACAAUUCUAAUAUCAUCAAUUUUAAAACGAAUGCCUUAUUUAUAGUAUAUAUAUUCCAUUACUCAUUUUUUUAUUGAAAUAAAAUUUAUUUCUUGUUUACUAAUAUUUAAUGUCAACUUACGACAUCAAUUUUACAUCUACCCAGUACAUAAUAGAAACAAAUAUGGGCCAGCUAUAAUCUUAAUUGGCUUUAUUUUUUUUUUUUUUUUUUGGUAUUUUGCAACGUUAUAUCAAGUAGAGCUUUAUAUUUCAAAAGCUAUAAAGCAACUUAAAUUUAAAGUAAAUCAUAUGAUCAGGAAUGUUUAAAUUUUUUAAGAACCUGAUAGUCAAAAAAAUGUAUACACACUUAAACUGUUAUAGACAGAUUUCCGGUUCUACAAGGUUAAAUUUCCGUGAGAAAGUAAUAUUAUGUUUCUUCAACUAGUUGCAGCAGUGGCAAGGAAGUAACUGCAACAUGGCGGACGUGCGUUUGAGUUUUGAAGAGCGGAAGUAGAUAAUUAGGUGGUACUGAAAAUGGGUUCAGAAGUGAGUCAGACGUGAACCGCGAUUUAUGUGUGGCAUAAUUUGGUCGGAUGAAGCCCAAUUCAAACUCAAUGGAACUGUCGAUAGGUACAACUGUGUAUACUAGGCUGAAGAUAAUCCUCGCAUUACAGUUGAAAAAGCUGUGAAUUAGCCUGGUGUAAAUGUGUGGUUUGCUUUGUCCGCAAGGGGACUCAUUGGGCCUAUCCGCUUUGAAGGUACUGUUACAGGAGAAAAGUACCUAGCAAUGCUUGCUGGCUCCAUAUUCCCUGACAUUCGUGCAUUAUACGGUAAUGAUGAGUUUUAAUUCCAAGAAGAUGGCGCCCCGCCGCACUAUCACAGGGACGUACGAGCAGACCUGGAUCACAAUGUGCCAGGCCAGUGAAUAGGACGCAGGGGAACAAUCGAGUUUCUUGCACACGCUCUCCAGAUCUCACGUCACACUAUCAUAGGGACGUACGAGCAUACCUGGAUCACAAUGUGCCAGGCCAGUGGAUAGGACGCAGGGAACCAAUCGAGUUUCUUGCACGCUCUCCAGACCUCACGUCGCUGGAUUUAUUCUUAUGUGGCAUAGUUCAAGAUGAGGUGUACAAACGUAAACUACGUCACCUGAACACACUGUGGAAUGAGAUUCAGGUGGUGGGCGCAGAAAUCUUAGUGGACACUUUGGUACGAUGUACGGAAUCAGUUUUGACUCGUACUCAGCAAUGUAUUGAUGCUGAGGGCCACCAGUUUGAACAUUAAAUCACAUUUAUUUGUCCAAUUGGACAUUAAGCUUUCCAUGUCCAGAAAUUUAGCAUUGUAGAAAAGGGAAAUAAAUUGCCGAUGACAGUUCAAAGUGUGUAUAAAUGUUUUUGACGCACCAUAUAUAAAGUAAUGGGGGAUUUUCAAUGUCGUAAACAAAACAUAAUUAUUUCUGUCAAAACAAAAAAAAGUGUUACUAUCAGGUAAUUUUCGAUUUAAAGAAAAUAUGCAAUUAUCCCAAGAUGUAAUGGUUUUGUUUCUGGUAUAUUAUUUGCGUGUACUUUAGGUGUUAAAAACUUUUUUAUUAUUAAUUUAGCGCAUGCACGGCAAUAAAAACAAAUCUUUUAAAAUGA